CAUGCAAGCUAUUGAAAUUUGGAGUUCGCUCGAUUAGUCUCUUCCGCCGCUGGGUGUAGCGUCACGAUUAUGUCUCGAGGUUUCCAAAUGUGCUUCUGCUCGGCUGACUUUGUUAAAAUUUGUCUAGCGAUAAGUUUUUGUGGUGGAAAGCAGACUCGCCGGAUUGGGUUAUUACAGCGAGGCGUAGUUAGCUGGCUAACCAUUAGCUGCGCACUUGCUAGCGGUAGCGGCCACGAGGCGUUCAUAGACCUCCAAAUGACUUCAGGAGAAACCGGCGCUAACGGUACGUUCGCGUAUUUUGCGUUCGGCAGCAACAUGUUGAGGGAGAGACUGCGCCUGGACAACCCUUCGGCGACCUUCCUCGACACCGCGCGACUGAAGGACUAUCAGCUGGAUUUUGGCGUGUGUAGCGAAAACAUGGCGAACAACUGGCACGGCGGGCCGGCCACCAUCCGAGAAAGUCCCGGCUCGGAGGUGUGGGGCAUCAUCUGGACCAUGAGCCGAGACCACCUGGACACCCUGGACCGUCAGGAAGGUGUCCACGAGGGCAUUUAUUCCCCACUGCAGGUGAGAGUGGAGAGCAGCAGCCAUGGAGAAAUGCUGUGCAAGACGUACCAGAUGAACAACUUCCACGCUCGCCUGACCUCGCCGCAGUACAAACAUGUGGUGUGUCGAGGCGCCCAGCAGAACGGACUACCCAAGGAUUACGUCCGCGGGCUGCUGGCGGUCAAGACCAACAACUACACGGGACCGUCCAUACUGGACAGCAUCAAAAUUGAUGCCGAUUAUUCGUAAUACGCUCAAUGUGAUUUUAGUAUGCAUGUACGUAACGAACAGGAGGUUCAGAAGUCCUCAAAUGUUGUGGCUACGUAUUAGAAAGUAUUUCUUUCAAUCACAGGAAACCUUUUUUAUUUUAUAUUACUAUGAAAACAAAUUUCAUUGGAAAACUACAGGUUUCAGUCAUUUUGUUAAUAAAAUACACUAUUAUUAAAUAUUAA